CAACGGAUCGUCCGCCUGCGUUUAUCUUCUUGUUGUUCCUUCACAAACGCAAGGGCUUCGUGUCAUUUUGCCUCGUCCGACUCGGCGCUAGGGUUUCGAGGGACCUCUUCCAUUGCUCUCUUGUUAUCGGAAUUUUGAUUGCCUAGACCGAUCUCGUUUCAGAAGCAAUCAUGGCGGACGAGGCUCCUGCAGAUUUGAAGGAGCAGAUUCCCGAGCUUGCUCCAUUUGACCCUACAAAGAAGAAGAAAAAGAAGAAGGUUACCGUUCUAGAACCUACGGAUGAUGCUGUUGAUAAAUUGGCUGAGAAAACAGAAAACCUUUCAGUUGGCGAAGGCUUUGAUUCAACAACGUUUACUGGGAAGAAAAAGAAGAAGAAGCCUGUUGAAGUUGAUCUGUUACUUGAUGAGAAUGGUGAUGCUGGAGAAGAUCUUGAUGGUGGCAAUAUUGAUGAAAAUGAAGAAGGAGAAGGGAUUGUGUUGCAGCGCUAUCCAUGGGAAGGUAGUGAUAGAGAUUACAAAUAUGAGGAGCUACUGGACAGAGUCUUCAACACCUUACGAGAGAAUAACCCAGAACUUGCUGGAGACAGGCGUAGAACUGUGAUGAGGCCGCCACAGGUUCUACGGGAGGGUACAAAGAAGACUGUUUUCGUAAACUUCAUGGACCUCUGCAAAACGAUGCAUAGGCAGCCAGAACAUGUGAUGAAUUUCUUACUUGCUGAAAUGGGAACCAGUGGGUCUCUUGAUGGGCAACAGCGUCUGGUUGUUAAAGGAAGAUUCGCACCCAAGAACUUUGAGGGCAUAUUGCGCAGAUACGUCAAUGAAUACGUUAUCUGCAAUGGAUGCAAAAGCCCUGAUACAAUUCUAUCAAAGGAAAAUCGUCUUUUCUUCCUUCGUUGUGAACAGUGUGGAUGUUCUCGCUCUGUUGCUCCCAUCAAGGCUGGUUUUGUUGCACGUGUUCAUCGCCGAAAAGCUGGAACCUAGGUGCACCAUCAUAAGGUCCACGUCAAAUGUGAGGGCUAAGAGUUUUGGAGUUGUAAUAGCAGUGGUGGGCCUGUAGGCUGUAUUACCCAUCCUAAAGCUUGAGUUACAUAAGCAGUUGUGAUUUUGUCUUUUUGACUUGCAAGGAAUUCAAUAUGGUAAGCUGGUUAUGGGUUUUCGUGUUGGCAUCUUCUAUUUAUUUUCGGGAUUGACGCUUCCUCCUAUGUUUACUGGGUAUAGUAGUUCUGCUCUAUGGUGGAUAUUUACCAUGUGGAAGAUAUGAUGAGGCUUCAUUGGAUCUUUGUUAUUAGCGAUGGUGCGGUGGAGAAUGUCACUGUUAAGAUUUAGACCAUGUAAAAAACAUCUUUGAUGUUUCGGAAAUAUCUCAUUAUUGCCACUUUGAAGACA